AUGUGGUUCCUUUGCCGCAGGACAUGGCUCAUCAAUUCUAGGGCAGUUGCCAAGAAAAUCAGGAACGCCAACUGCCCUGUUCGCCAGAUAAGUGAAUUGGGUACAGAAGCAUGCAGGGAAUGCCCCAACUGCAAACAUAUCAUUGAUAAUAGUGAUGUUACUGUACAGUGGCCUGGGCUGCCAGCUGGCGUGAAGUUUGAUCCAUCUGAUUUGGAAUUGCUCGAGCAUUUAGAACACAAGCUUGGCGUGGGAGAUUCAAAGCCCCAUAUGUUCAUCGAUGAGUUUAUUCCAACUGUGGAGAAUGAUGAAGGGAUCUGCUAUUCACAUCCUGAAAAUCUUCCUGGCACAAAGAAAGAUGGAAGCAGUGCUCAUUUCUUCCAUAGAGUCUCAAAUGCAUAUGGUUGUGGCCAGCGUAAGCGUCGGAGGAUUAUCCACGUUGAUCAGACCACUUCUGAUGAGCAUGUGAGAUGGCACAAGACGGGUAAAUCAAAGCCCGUAAAACACAAUGGUGUUACUAAAGGGUGGAAGAAGAUAUUGGUUCUGUACAAAAGUCCGCAAAGAGGUGCCAAGCCUGAUAAAGCUGAUUGGGUGAUGCAUCAGUACCAUCUUGGGCCGGAGGAAAAUGAAGAAGUCGGGGAUUUUGUUGUUUCCAAAAUCCUGUAUCAAGUGAAGACAAAGCAGGUGGACAAGUCCGAAACAAGUAAUGAAGAAUCUGAUGCAUUUGCUGCAAGUGUUUGUCCAAAAACUCCAAAGACAAAGACCCCACAGCCAUGUCGCCUGAACAAUAGUCCAUCCGAAAUUGGGCAGAAUGAUACUAUCUUGCAAGACAAGGAAGAAGAAGAAGAAGAAGCAGACCAACCUGCUGUUAGCCUGGCAGAUGCUAAGGAACCUGAGUGGUUCACUUUAGCGCCUUUGGCUGGGAGUAACGUGGAUGACCCCCUGCGUUGUCAUGAGGAUUUUAAUUCCUUUGGUCAGUCGGGCGCACUUGACAAGCCAAUCUUUUCUCAAGGCAAUGAGAUUUUUGAUGGAUUACCAUAUGUCCAUGGAUCACUUCCGGAGGACGUGCUGUUGUAUUCACCCCCAUGCUUUGGCAGCUGGCAAUGGCCAGAAGUGCAGGAUUGAUAAUCUCUUACAUGUAUGAUUAUAUAUGGUG